ACAGCCUCAAAGCCGGGAGAGGCUCCCCCGGAGGACGCUGGGAACAACGCGCCGAGGCGGCUGCCGCGCAGGCGCAUCCGGCUCGGGGUUGUUGGCGGUCGCCGUACGUGGGAGCAUCACCCGGAGCUGCCCCGCGCGGCGGCGAAAUUAGCUGGCGGCGGCGGGAAAGAGAGGGUGUGCAGUCGAGCGUCUUGGGCAGUAUCUUCAGAGGUGGCUGCUCAGUUUGAACACCUGGAGCCUCCAGCUGCUGCUGAGGAGACAGAUGGAGCCCAAGAUGGGAGAUGUUCCUUGAGAGUGGUUGACUGAAAACAUUGCAGACUUUAGAUUUUGGUACUGUAUGUUCCCCGGGUUCAUGAGAGUGGAAGAUGCAGAGGAGCAGGAGUUGGUGAUCAGAGGAGAUCUGUUCAACUGUGAAGCUCUGGUCAGAGAUUCCAGCAGUUAUCUCAUCAGAAGUGGACCAGCUGGACCAGGGCCCUCUGCCUUGUGGGCUGUGGCGCCAUCAUGCUGCAGCAGCUCCUGAUCACCCUGCCCAUGCAGGCCAGCGCCUGGGUGAAGCUGCACCAUCCAAAGGUGGCCAAGGAAGGGGUCCCCCUAUGGGAGGAUGUGACUAAAAUGUUUGAAGGAGCUCUGCUAUCUCAAGAUGCUGACGAGACCCAGGCAGAAAGUUUAGAGGAUGGAGUUACUCCAGGCCUCCUGACAACAGAAUCCCAGGAACUGUUAACCUUCGAGGACAUAUCCGUGGACUUCACCCCGGAGGAGUGGAGACAGCUGGCCCCUGCUCACCGGGAUCUGUACCGGGAGGUGAUGUUGGAGAACUAUGGGAAUUUGAUCUCAGUGGGAUAUCAGCUUUCCAAACCUGGUGUGAUUUCCCAGUUGGAGAAAGGAGACGAACCUUGGCUGACCAAGAGAGAAAUUUCAGAAAGUCCAAGUUCAGACUUAGGGAGUAAAAUAGAAACCAAAGAGUCGGCCUUAAAGAAUGACAUUUUGUGGGAAGAAUUACCCCAUGGCCUGAUGAUGGAAAAGUUCACAAGAGGAAGCACCCUGUACUCUACAUUGGGAAAUGUCUUCAAAUCUGAUAAGUUAGAAAGCCAGGAAAACCAAAGAAUGGGUGUGGGGCAAAUCUCCUUGAUCCACAAGAAAACCGUCACUCAGGAAAGAGACCAAGAAUCUAACAGAUUCGAGAAAACUAUUAAUGAGAGCUCAAAAGUUAAACCAGCACCAAUUGAUCCUCCAAGAAAAAGAGAUCAUAAAUAUGACACCCCUGAAAAGAAAAGCAGAUGCAAUUUAGAUUUGAUUAAUCAUUCAAGGAGUUAUGCAAAAAUAAAAACAUUUGAAUGUAAUAUUUGUGAAAAAAUCUUCAAACAGCUCAUUCACCUUACUGAACACAUGAGGAUCCAUACUGGAGAGAAACCUUUUAGGUGUAAGGAAUGUGGAAAAGCCUUUAGCCAAAGCUCAUCCCUUAUUCCACACCAGAGAAUCCAUACUGGUGAGAAGCCCUAUGAAUGUAAGGAAUGUGGUAAAACGUUCAGACAUCCUUCAUCCCUUACCCAACAUCUUAGAAUUCAUACCGGGGAGAAGCCAUAUGAAUGUGGUGUAUGUGAGAAAGCCUUUAGUCAGAGCAUUGGACUGAUCCAGCAUCUGAGAACUCAUGUUAGAGAGAAACCUUUUACAUGCAAAGAUUGUGGAAAAACAUUUUUCCAGAUUAGACACCUUAGGCAACAUGAGAUAAUUCAUACUGGUGUGAAACCCUAUAUUUGUAAUGUAUGCAGUAAAACAUUCAGCCAUAGCACAUACCUAACACAGCACCAGAGAAUUCAUACUGGGGAGAGACCAUAUAAAUGUAAGGAAUGUGGGAAAGCCUUUAGCCAGAGAAUACAUCUUUCUAUCCAUCAGAGAGUCCAUACUGGAGUGAAACCUUAUGAAUGCAGUCAUUGUGGGAAGGCCUUCAGACAUGAUUCAUCCUUUGCUAAACAUCAGAGGAUUCAUACUGGAGAAAAACCUUAUGAUUGUAAUGAAUGUGGAAAAGCCUUCAGCUGUAGUUCAUCACUUAUUAGACAUUGCAAAACACAUAUAAGAAAUACCUUCAGCAAUGAUAUGUGAAAAUAUAUUCAACAUCAAAGAAUUCCCACUGUAGCAAAAGCCUCUAAAUCUUUGGUUCCCUGACUUGGAUUUCAAGAACCAAAAAUAUUUUUUAAAAGUCAGUUUGACACAAUGUUCCCAACUAAUAAUUUGCUGUAUUAGGAAACUACUGCCUAUUAUCAACAUUGUUUCAGAAAAGAAAGGACAUUUUCAUAUUUUAAAAAUGUAGGAAGGAUAUAAUUGGUAUUCAGAACAGCUCUUCACAUUGAAUUAAAUCAACUUUAUGAAAAUUUCCCAAAUUGGACUUUACGUUUCUCAUUUCACUGUGGGCCAAUGAAAACUUAUGGUCAGUGAUCUGUGGAUUAGCUUUUGAGAAUCACUUUUAAAUUAAUCAAUAAAAUAUAGUAGAACCUUUUAGGGUAGCCCAUUAUGUUGCUCAAAAAGAUAUA